AUCGAGAGGGCAGUCAGCCGGAGGUGAUGCUGCAGCAGUGAUGAGGAGGGGACGAGGAGACGAGGAGACUACGUGAGAGAGGGGGACGUUAGUUCUGCUCUGUGUGUGUGGCACUCGAUAUGUGAGGAAGUCAAGAAGAAACUAAGGAAAUGGACGACCUAUACUCGACCCUGUUUGAUGCCUUUUUAUCUUCAUCAACGAGGAGCUGUAGGACCCAAGUCUUCGAGGCAGAGUUGGAGUACACAGACCGAGGAGAGACUUAUAGGCACUGAAACAACGGACGCGAUGCUAGCUUGCUAACGCUACUAUCGAGGCUGUGAUCUCGGAAACGAAUAUUAAGAAUUUAAAUCUCCUUUGAAUGUAAGUGAAAUGACAAGAUACAACUAAACCAGGAGGGUAAACUUCCGCUGGGGUCUUUAAGCGUGUUGAUCAUUAGUUAGCUGACAUUAGAAACGCUGUUAGCGCAGCUAGCCAAAAUAAGUUGGGCUAAUUAACAACACUUUAAUUCAAAAUGAGAAUUAAACCAACAGAAGUGUGCGCUUUUUAACAUGAUACUGUGUGUUUGUUAACAUGACAGGGACUGAUCAGCCUCCUUUAUUCCUUAGAAAGAUAGAUAAGCCCAAAUAAACGUUAAUGGUUUUAACCUAUCUCCUUUUGUUCCUUCUAAAGGAUUAAUUAUAUUCACCUUAAGCUUCAUAAUUGAAGUGUGUUCACUCAUCAAGUUAAUGAUUCACCAGCUCUCCCUUCAUUUGAAACACACGAGUACUUUGCUGCCAUGUGAUCCUUGCUAGGUGGAUCUAUUAGAAACUAUUUCAUAACAACCUCAGGAGCUGAGACUGUGGAAAGGACAGCAAUGAGACAUUUGAGAUCUGCUGUACAUUCUUCCAGAUCAGCCUCAUCAAGAAGUGGAGCUCAUAACUUUUCCAGAUAUGCGUCUGUCCUCCUUCUUGGCCGUGUUCAGGCCUGCUUUGCCCCUCAUCCUCGGGCUGUCUCUGGGAUGUAGUCUCAGCCUUUUGAUGGUGUCCUGGACACAAGGGGAUACAGACGACUCCUGUGGAGAUGAACUGGGGGGCAACGGGGGGCUUUUCCUGGGGGGAAGAGAUGCACAGAGGGACCUCAGAGAUGGAGCACGAGAGGAGGACUUCACGCCACGUAUCGUGCCCUAUCACAAAGACCCAAACAAGCCUCAUAAAAAGGUCCUCAGAACUCGGUACAUUCACACUGAACUGGGCAUCAGAGAGCGUCUGCUGGUUGGUGUUCUAACCUCUCGAGCGACCCUCAACACACUGGCAGUGGCCGUGAAUCGCACAGUUGCCCAUCACUUCCACCGCACCUUUUUCUUCACUGGUCUGCGCAGCCCUAAGGUGCCUCACGGGAUGACUGUAGUCGCCCACGGGGACGACCGCCCAGUGUGGCUGAUGUACGAGACCGUGCGUCACCUCCACCAGCACUACGGGUCGGACUAUGACUGGUUCCUGUUAGCCCAGGAUGACACUUACAUGCAGGCAGAUCGCCUCUCUGAGCUGGUGGGACACCUCAGUGCGGGGCAGGAUUUGUAUAUGGGUAGAGCGGAGGAGUUUAUUGGCGGAGAGGAGAAGGCGCGUUACUGUCACGGCGGGUAUGGCUAUCUGCUGUCACGCAGUCUGCUGGCUCGCCUGCAGCCGCACCUGGACACCUGUCGUAACGACAUCCUCAGUGUGAGACCGGAUGAGUGGCUGGGCCGCUGUAUUAUUGAUUACCUGGGGCUCAGUUGUGUGGAGGUGCACCAGGAGAUGACCUAUCGUUACUUUGAACUGGGGAAAAACGCAGAUCCAGAGCGUGAAGACAGCGCACAGUUCAAAAACGCCUUCACAGUCCACCCUGUGUCUGAACCGAAUCUGAUGUACCGCCUGCACAAACGCUUCAGCAAGAUCGAGCUGGAACAGACGUACCUACAGAUUCAACAGCUGCAGAUGCAGAUCAACAACCUGAGCGACCUAACCCCAGAAGGUAAGGCCGGAGUCACGUGGCCUGUUGGAAUUAACCCUCCUUUCAAGCCACGAACCCGUUUCGAGGUUAUAAACUGGGAGUACUUCACUGAAGAGCACAUUUACUCGUGCGUCGACAGCUCUCCUAAGUGUGAAAUGCGAGGCGCGGACCGUGCAGACGUUAACGCCGUUUUAGAAAUUGCCGUGGAGCGUCUGAACGAGCGUUACCAGCCUCAGCUGCGUUUCCGCAAGCGGCGUCUACUCAACGGUUACCGGCGUUUUGAUCCAACGCGUGGUAUGGAGUAUGUCCUGGACCUUGCAUUGGAGGCUUACACCCAGAAGGGCCACAGUCAAGUCAUUGCCAAACGGGUUAACUUGCUGCGACCUCUGAGUGCUGUGGAGAUUAUCCCUAUGCCUUACGUGACAGAGGCGACACGUGUGCAGGUCAUCCUGCCUGUCACAGCCCAGGAUCAGGACUUUGUUGGGAACUUUCUUGACAUGUAUGUGAUGAACACUUUAGACACCCAUGAUAAUGUUUUACUCACGUUCUUGUUCAUCUAUGAUCCUUUUGAUGCUCAGCGAGUCAGCCAGACUGAUGUUUUUGCCGGUAUUAAAGCGAUGAUCGGGGAGGUGGAGAAGCGCUACGGGGAUGUGAAGAUCCCGUGGAUAAGCGUGAAGACUGAGGUGCCCUCGCAGGUCAAGCUGAUGGACAUUAUCUCUAAGAAGCACCCCGUGGACACGCUGUUCUUCCUGGCAAGCGUGUGGACUGAGGUCAACGCUGACUUUCUAAACCGCUGCAGAAUGAACGCCAUCAGCAACUGGCAGGUCUUCUUCCCAAUCCACUUUCAAGAGUACAGUCCGGCUGUCGUUUACCGCGACCAGCAGCCCUCCGCCGCCUCCUCCACUUUUGCUUCAGAGUCACUGCGAGACGGCCACUUCGACCGGCACGUCUUUGACGAAGCUUGCUUUUACAACGCGGACUACAUGACGGCACGGACCAAGAUGGCUGCAGACAUCUUGGACAACGAGGAGCUGCUGGAAAGCAUGGACGUGUACGAUAUAUUUGUGCGUUACUCUGGGCUACACGUGUUCAGAGCGGUGGAGCCCGCGCUGAUCCAAAAAUACGUGCGUAGGGCGUGCAACCCUCGGUUCAGUGAGGAUAUCUACCACCGCUGUGUGCUCAGCAACUUGGAGGGUCUGGGAUCGCGCUCACAUCUGGCUAUGGCGCUCUUUGAACAAGAGCAGGCCAACAGCACCUGAAGACACGGCCUUCAGAGAGUGGAAGGGCCUUAAACACACCGCCUGGACUGAAGAACUCGCGCUACAUAAUGUGAAUGGUUUUAUGGAACUUUAGCGAUCCAAAGACUACGACUCUCGCUCCUUUAUUUGGCAGAGAGCAUCAACCAGCAACAUGUCAACAGAGCCUAAUUGUAUCCUCCUGCCAAAACAUACGAGCACCUCUGACUCAAGACUCUAUGACUCUGCUUCUGUCACGUCUCCACAAACUCUGAGUCAUCAUGGAGAUGCCUUCUUGCACAGCACCUCAAAGUGGACUACUUGUUUUCCUGCCACUGACGUAUUCCCACAGAAGCCGAGCAACGAUAUUUAUACUUCCAAUUUUCAGAAAAGAAAUAUAAGAGCUUUUGUCUUGAAAUAAUAAAGGAACAAAUGGUUUAUUGUUUUGAGUGUGAAGAUGUUAAAAAAAAAUACUGGAAACAAGCUGAAGCUGCCUUUUCUUUUAAGUGUUUGUUUUUUAAAAGGGUAUUAAAAAGUGAUAUUUAAA